AUGAAUUUCCUGGUGGUUCUGUUCGUAGCCAUCGCGCUUUUUGCAACGGCAAACGCGCAAACGACGGAGAGCAUCACCUCCAUCAUUAGCGACAUCCAGGAUUCAAUUUCCUCCGACUACUCGCCGACUAGCGACUAUUACUCUUCUGACUACUCUUCUUCAGUUGGACUAAUCCUCUGUCAGCUGCUGACUCUUGCAGCUCUGCUGCUGUGCACAACACAUGCACGACCGCAAGGACCUGCCACGGAGCCAAUCAAGAUAAUACGACAGGAGCAGGAGGUCAACUUCGAUGGCUCCUACAAGUAUGGCUAUGAGACCGAAAAUGGCAUCAAUGUGGAGGAGGAGGGCUACCUCAAGAAUGCUGGCACCGACAAUGCAGGACCGGUCGCUCAGGGCUUCUUCUCCUACACCGCGCCCGAUGGCACACCCAUACGGAUUACCUAUGUGGCCGAUGAGAACGGCUUCCAGCCGCAGGGCGAUCAUUUACCCACGGCUCCGCCCAUACCACCAGCCAUACAGAGGGCCUUGGAUUACAUAGCCACAGCACCACCGCCACCCGCUGAGCAGCAGAGCGCCUACACCGCACGCCGGGGAUAA